GUCCCUGCCAGAACAUAAACAUUGGCCGGGUUGGCGGGAACUCCGGAGUGCGGGGCGAGGCGAGUCUUGGCAGGCGGCUGGGUGUAUUGUCUGGCACUGAUUACUCCUCACUCUUAACUAAUUUUUUGGACUGGUGUGGCCACAACUUGGACUAACCACCACUUUGGGUCCACAAGAAGCCAGGAUGAAGUGCACCAUUCCAGAGAUCUCAUGGCACAACAGAGACCCAGUGUACUCCCUGGACAUUCAGCCCAGCUCUCACGAUGGCCUAUAUCGCAUGGCCACUGCUGGUACCGACACUCAUGUUGUGAUCUGGCAGCUGCGUGUAUUGGACAAUGGGGGGGUCAGCGUAGAGGCCCUGAGUGACCUCACACGACACAACCGAGCUGUCAACGCAGUCAGAUUUUCACCAGAUGGAGAACAUUUAGCUUCAGCUGAUGAUGAGGCAGCAAUAAUACUUUGGAAAAAGGAUGACUCAUCUGAUAUUUUCAUGGAAGAAUCAGAGAAAGAGAACAAGGAACACUGGACCAUAUGGAAGAUGCUGCGCGGCCAUCUGGAGGACGUGUAUGACCUCUGCUGGUCGCCCUGUUCACAGUUUCUUUUCACCGGUGCUGUGGACAACACUGCAAUACUCUGGGAUGUUGCUAAAGGUAAAAGCCUCGGCAUACUAAGUGACCACAAGGGAUUUGUGCAGGGUGUGGCUUGGGACCCUCUUGGGCAAUACGUUGCCACCCUUUGUUCUGACAGGUGUUGCAGAAUAUACAGUUUUGAAACCAGGAAAAUUGCCCACAAAAUCUACAAAGCAACAUUGCCACUGCCAGAUGAAGAUAAAAUUACUGAGAAAACAACAAAAUUAUUUUAUGAUGACACACUCAAGUCCUUUUGUCGGCGCUUGAGUUUCUCCCCUGAUGGAGAGUUGCUACUUGCUCCUUCUGGGAUUGUUGAAGAAGAGAAUGGCAAAAUCACAAACGUCACCUAUGUGUUCUCCCGUCACAACCCAACGAAACCAGUUUUGUAUCUUCCCACCAAAGACAAGUUCACAAUAGCUGUCAGGUUCUGUCCCAUACUGUUUGAACUGAAGCCACUACCCCAAGAGGAGGAAUCACCACAAGAAAGUGCUGAGCCCCGUGAGCCAUGGGAGGAGCAUGCCAACCUCUUCCAUCUUCCCUAUAGGAUGAUCUUUGCUGUAGCCACUCAGAACGCUGUCCUCCUCUAUGACACCCAACAGCCUGUUCCCUUUGCAAGACUCUCAAACAUUCACUACACUCGACUCAGCGACAUAUCCUGGUCAUCGGAUGGGCGCAUACUAGUAGCGUCUUCAACAGAUGGCUAUUGCUCUUUAGUCUCCUUUGCUAAGGGGGAACUUGGCACUCCGUAUAUUGGGGGAAAAAAUAGGGACUCUGAAAAACAUGAAUCCGUUAUAAGGGAUUCUAGUAAAGUUGCUGAACAUGAAAGUGCAGAAGAUAUAGAAAUGGAGGAUAUGAGCAGAAAGCCUCUCAGUGCAGUGCUAGAGCAGUCAGGAAAAUGUGAGGAGAAAAGUUUUGGUAGUAACAUGCCAGUAGAGCUAUCCAAAAAGCAAGGUGAGAACCAGACACCAUCCAGGAAAGUACCAGAGGAGUCAUGCAGUAAGCAAGAAGAGGAGGGUAGCAAGCCUUCCAGUAACCCAACAGUGGAGCCAUCUAAGAAGCAGAAGGAUGAGGAGCACAAUAGACUCUCUCCCAGCAUAGCAGAAAAUACUCUUCAAAAGCAGAAGAAAGAGAGCAAAAAGUCAUCCUCAGACAUAGCACAGGAACCACCCAACAAGCAGAUCACAGUCAGGAGGGCAAGAGACAGCUCAAAAUCCCCGAAGAGGAUACCUUUGAUCACCUUGUCUGGACCGUCCCUCAAGAAUGAUGAAAACACACCAGUCUCCAAAGCUGAAUCCCUUCCCCCACCCUCUACCAGUGCUGAAAUACAGGAGAAACCUGAAGACGUGGAUGAAGAAGUGAGGAAAAGGUUUGAGGGUGAGUCAGUAACACCUUCCAAAGUAUGCAAAAAUCUAUCUCCAUCGAAAACUCCUACAGGUAAAACACCACGUAGAGUCCCUCUUAUUACUCUCGCCAGCCCUAAGGGGAAAAAGAGCAGUAGUGAGUGUAGAUGAAGAUCUUGAGCAUCGCUCAUAGUACUUAUGGAUUUCUAUAGAAUGUCUAGUUUUGUAUGCAGGGAAGUUAUUGGUUGUCGUUUUGCCUUCAGUAUCCUUUUGUAAAUAUAUAUACUUUUAAGAAUUACUGGGGUAUAUUAGUCUCCUGUGAGCACUAUAUAACCCUUGACCUUUAAUAAAUAGCUGUUUUUCAUGUUUUUGGUGAUACUAUUUACUAAUUAUUGCUAGGACACUUUGGGAGUGACUAUGCUGUAUCAUAUAUUAACAGAAAACAUACAACAGAACCAUUAGAUUGCUUGGUAAUCAGCAUGAAAGUUGCCUUCAACUUUAGUGAUGAUGUUAAGCAGAACACAUUAUGUUUGUAAUACAUUCAACAUUGGGAUAUGCAUUUACAAUAUGAUUUAAUUAGAUAAAGCAUAUGGCAAAAAGCAUUUUCAAAUAUUCCAUCCAUGCAACAGUUCUUUGUGCUCUUUAGUAGACAGGGCAGCUCUAAGAGUGGGUAGAGAAAGAGAACUUACUAUUGAUUUAGGAUCAAAGAACAAUACUAACAUCACAAUGCAUAAAGAAUAUAAAAAUAUAUAAUUUCCCAUAAACAUGUAAUAACAGUUACUAGUGAAAUGGCUUGAUGAUAGAGAUUAAAAAAGUGUUCCAGAUUUUCAGGGAUAAAAUACAAAUUAGGAGCAGACAUGAUGACAAAACACAACCUUUGAUCAAAUGAUGUUUACUACAACUGUUAACCAAGAAAACACACCGCUUUGUAGCUCAGUGGUCUAAAGCUCCGCGCUGCCAGGUAUCGUGGCCUGGCGGGCGGAAGUUCGAAUCCCGCUCAGGCUGGGAUUUUUCCACUGACAAGGGGUGAUUACUGUCCCCCCUUGAGCAAGGGGGAUGGGGCAUAUGGUGUGUGAGGUAUUUGCAGUACCCAGAGAUUGACUGUAAAUGAGCUUGCUCUUGUCGGGAGGGUAUCAGGCCAUGGUGAACUAACUAUGGGUGUGCAUGCCUACUCACACACACACACACACACAAAUGUUAGGUAUUUACUAAAUGUACACAUAAAUGUUAGGCAUUUACUAAAAUUACAAACUAAAUUAAUAACAGUUCCUACAGUCAUAUCCCAUGGUUAUCAGUCACAUCACUGCCAUGAAACUAUUACAACUUUUUUUUUCUUCAUCUUCUCCCAUUCUUGGGGUUGGAUUUGCGAUGAUCCACUUCCUUCUUUCUUAAUCCAGUGCUAAUCCUUCCUCUAUUUCUAACACUUUCAAGUAUUUUUUUUUUUUUUUUUUUUUUUUUUUUUUUUUUUUU